AUGAUACUAAAAAACAAGAUUGUUUAUUGUUUUGUUGCCUGUCUUUUUAUAGUUAGUCAUAGUAAUGCCUUAGAUCUUGACAUUUUUAUUACUUAUAUUAAUAAUAUUGAUACAAUAGCAUUAUUUACACCAUCUUUUGUUAAUGCAAGUAUUGGAGAUAAUAUAAUAUUUCAAAAAAACCCAUACUCUACCGGAAAUUUUCAAAUUAUAGAAGGUGAUGUGAAAGGGUCUUGUGUAAAAUCUACAAAAUCUGAUGCAUUUACUGCAGAAUUAUCAGAUGCCAACCCAACAGCUACAUUACCACUGGCAAAGUCUGAUUUUCUUUCAAAUACAACACAAACAAAUGCUGAUAAAGACAAUGGUGGAGGCUCUUCCGACAACUUUGCACAUGGUGAAAUAAUUCGUAUAGUCGCAGGACUUUUUGCUGUUACUGCAACUUUGUUGUCAACGAUGUCUAUUUGGUCGCAUUUAAAAAACUAUAGAAAACCAGCAUUACAACGAUAUGUGGUGCGAAUUAUAAUAAUGGUACCUAUUUAUGCUAUAUCAUCAUGGAUUAGUUUAACAUCAACGAAUGCGGCAUUCUACGUUGAUGCUAUAAGAGAUAUUUACGAGGCAUUUGUAAUAUAUUGUUUUUUUAAUCUUCUUGUUAAUUGUCUGGGAGGUGAAAGAUCAUUAUUAAUAUUACUACAUGGUCGACCACCAACUCCACAUCUAUUUCCAGUUAAUUUUUUCCUAAGAGACAUAGAUAUUGGUGAUCCAUACGCAUUUUUAUUUAUUAAAAGAGGAAUACUCCAAUAUGUUUAUGUGAAACCAAUUUUGUCAUUACUUACAAUGCUUCUAAAAUGGGCAAAUACUUAUCAAGAUGGUCAUAUAGCUACAACUGACUCAGCCGAGGGUAUUUCUGUAUCAAUUCAAGAUUUUUUAAUAACGUUUGAAAUGGUUAUGGGAUCAAUAGCGCAUUGGUAUGCAUUUUCAUUCAAAGAUUAUAUUGAUCCUAACUAUAGAUCAGGUCGUAUGCCAAUCAGAUAUGCAUUUAAAGAUUGUAUGGGAUUCAAAGAUGUUCUUGAAGACACAUUAGAAACAAUCAGAGGCUCGAGAUUCAAUUAUAGAACAUUUGAACCAGCAGAAGGCAUGGCAUAUAUAGGCCCUAGUCGGACAGCAAGAAUUAUGGCCGGAUUAAGAUUUACGGGUGGUGGGUCAGGAAAAUAUUGGUUGCCUGGACCUAAUAACUCACGUUCAUCAUUAUCUUCAGAAAGAGCGGACGACGAUGAUAAAAAUAGUUUAAAUUUUCCAGAUCCAACGCCAGACGAUGAAGUUGAAACAAUGUAUGAUUAUAGUAGAAGGUUGGGUAGAUUUGGUGAUUACAAUUUUCCAAAUAAGAAAGGUAAAGCAAGAGCAAAAGAUAUUUUCAAUAACAACGAUGAUGAUAAUGAAGAAUAUGAUUUCUUUGAAGAUGAUGAGCUUAUAAAUAAUCGUAUUAGAAAUGGGUCUUCAAGUAAAAAUCGACAAUUAAGUGAUCCGAAUGUUUCACCUUUUAGAAUAGGAUGCAUUGAUUUGGUAAGAGAAAUACCUAAUAGUGAUGGCAAAAGAUUUGAAAGAUUUAUAGAUCGAAUCGAAUCAUCGUCAUCAUCAAAAUCAUUUAAUAAAAUUAAUGAUGAAGGGUCAUUAAUUACCACUGAUGAUUUCAUACCAUUACUUGCAUAUGUGAUUGUUAAUAGUAGAUUAAAUCAUUUGGCAAGCGUUUUAUUCUACAUGAGGACUUUUCGUUUAUCAAAAAUUGAGAGAUCGGAAUUAAGCUUUGCUUUGACUACAUUACAAGCCUCGACAGAAUUUAUUAAAUCAGACCCAUUGUCAAUUCACGAUGCUAUAUCCACCACAUCAUCAAUCUCAUCAAUCUCAUCUUCCCAUUCAUCAUUUAAAUUUCCAUCACCGUUAAUCAAUUCAUCUAAUCGUAUACGCAGUCGUGCAACUUCAAUAUCCACACCUUCUUCGCCAAUAAUCUCGUCACAAUUAAAUAAUCCGAAUAUUAACAAUAACGUAUCAACCAAUCAUUCCUCAAAUUAUUCCGUUACAACUCCUACUACAUCGUCACAAUCAUCAUCAAACAAUAGACGUGAUAAAUCACCUGCAAGGUCAUUUACUUCAACUACCAGUUCAAGAACAAGUCCUUCAGCGAUUGUUAAUAGUAAUAGAAAUCGUAAUUCACACAGCGAUGAAAUCAAUUCCUCUUCAUCAUCAUUCACCUCAACCACUUCAAGUGGAAAGUUGUCUUUUGAUAAUUAUUAUUACAAUUCAAAUAAUAAUAGCCCAUUUUGUGUGCCUACUAUAGAAGAUAACCAUCAUGAUGUUCAUCAACCACCGCAACCAUCAGUAAGAAGAAGAAGAUCUUCAAUUGCACCUGGUGGUCUAGUUAUAAAACCACAAAUUUUAUUAGUUCCUUCGCGUAGCCCUCAACCACCCUCUUUAUUACCACCCAGCCCUUCAUUAUCCUCAAAAGCUUUACCAACAAUAUCUGAUACAUCAAAUAAUAAUGAUGAUGACGGUGACGUUGCUGCACCAUUGCCAUUAAUCAGAUCAUCACAAUCAAGGUCUAAUUCUUUACAAAAAAUAAUUACAAUUACACCACGCACAUCAUCUCAUGCUAAUGGUGGUGGUUCCAAUAGCAACAAUUAUAUUAGUUUUUCGAAACCAAUACUCGAAGUUACAACACCAAAACCUGAAAUUUUGGGCGAUUUUCUUUCUGGCUUACAAAAUAUUGACGAAAUAAUUACAAUUACACCACGCACAUCAUCUCAUGCUAAUGGUGGUGGUUCCAAUAGCAACAAUUAUAUUAGUUUUUCGAAACCAAUACUCGAAGUUACAACACCAAAACCUGAAAUUUUGGGCGAUUUUCUUUCUGGCUUACAAAAUAUUGACGGUGAUGUUGUUGCGGGUGUGGGUAAUGUUGUUUCUGGUGAUCGUAAUGGUGGAUUCAAA